AUGUAUGUUCAACCUAGUCAAACAUAUGUUCAGCCAACAGGAGCCUAUCAAAGUACAUGUGCUCCUCAUCAACCUAUUUCCUCAUUUCAGAAUACAGGGUCCUAUCCUGGGCCUGCAAUUUAUUCAACAACUUAUUACAAUCCUGCACUUACAACAACAACCUUAGCAAAAUCAAUGGUUGCUAGGCAAGGUCCUAUAGCUAUGGCUGCUCAUCAGAUAUGUUUGCAAGUUUGGUUGGCUGUUUCUCUGAUUACAGAUGUAUUGGCAGCAUCUGGUAAGGUGUUGAUUGCUAGUUCGGUUUCAGAAGGGGAUUAUAGAUCCGUGAAGGAUAUCACAUACUUCGUGUUGACUGAGGAUUUUGAUGAGCUUGAGGAUGUUGAUAUGUUAUACAACACCUUAUCACUAGACAAACUAGAAGCUCUAGAAGAUCUUGUUAUCAUGCAGCCCUUGGUCAUGUGUUUGUAUUCACUGGUCAUGUGUUUGGGUGAAGGUUUGGAUGGUCGUCUGAAUGGUGCAUGCACCAAAGCCUACAAAUGGAUUUUGGAUCAUGGCAGUGUCACCACCAUCCCAUCAUGGGGCAAAACAUGGCAUUCUAUGCUUGGUGUGUGCGGGUGGGAAGGAACCAACCCAAUGGCCUCAGAGUUUUGGCACCUUCCAUCUUUACUUCCUAUGUAUCCAGGUUAAUCUACUCGUAUUCUUUUCUCAAACUGUGUUUGAUCUAAGGGAGAUCAACUUAUCAUAAGUAAGUUAUUUUUUUCACCCUGUUAUUUAAUAUUUUUGUGAUUGAAUGAAUGUCUUAAUGAAAGUAAUUGACAACCCUUUUUCUGUAAAUGAUGUUGUGAUUGUGGGAGAGGUGUUGUAUUUUUCUCUGUUGCUAGGUAACCUUCUCAACAAUAGCAUUCUACUUAAGCAGGUGAGUAAUCAAGAUUAAGGGAGACUUGUAAUCAUGUUUGGCAUUCCUUUCCAGUAAGAAACAGAGUUGUAUGAUUAUUUGUUAGUUUUAUAGGAAUGUAUAACCCAUGUUAGCAAUGUAUUAUUUUUGUUUA